AUGAACAACCACUACCAGACCAAUCAAGGAAUGAAUUCUGCAGGAUUUUGUCAGAUGUUCUCCGAGCACGAGUUCCCACCGAUUGGAGCCCCACCUCCAACCAAGUGCGCCGCUACCCGUUCUCCAAUGACAUCAAGCCAAAACACCUCGGAUUCCGGAGUCUCCGCCUCCGUGUCACCUGCAACGAACGAGAACAGUCCGGGCGGUGUGAAGCCAACGGAUAGCUGGUCUUCCGGAAACUACACGUCGUCAGUUCCACCAUCACUCAAUGGAUUCGGAGUGGUGACGUGGCUCUCGCCAAAAGCCGGAGUCAUCACGUACGGCGAAGGAGAAACGAUCGCGUUUCAGAAGGAUGCGUUCUGUGAUCAAGGAGUCGCCGACUUCACUGAAAUUCUUCGCGUCGGAAUGGUGUUGAGCUUCCAUGGAGUGGUUCACAGUGCUCAUCAGUACAGCGUCGCCCGAGUCACACCACUCUAUGGAGAAGAGUCGAGACGAGUGUUCGCCAACUCUGGGGAAAUUGUGCUGGAACUACCAGAGAUUACCCAACGAAUUGGGAAGGUCACCUACUCUCAGGAUCUGGAUCAUAUGGCUCUUCAAGUAGCCUUGGAAGCUUUUUUAAAGCACGGAAAAACCAGAAUCAUGUUCUCACACUUCGCAGAGCAUUUGCGAAACUAUCUGGAAAAUAAUGAUCUCAACGACUACGUCGGGAUGUCGUCGAUGAAAAGGCGGACGUUUUUGGAGGCACGGACACAUCUAUUUAUGAUAAAGAGGGACGACUCAGUGGCUCUUCAAUACCCACAAGUGUAUGAAGCCCUCUACCUUCUCAACUCGUACCUACUCCGUCAUGGUGGCACCACAUCACUCCAAGACUUGUACGACUUCUACCUGAGCCCCCUGAUCCCUCCACACGUCAAGAAUCACAUUGGAUACGACCGUGAGAGUUUCUGGAACUUGAUCCAGAGCCAUACGUUUGUGUUCGCCAUCUUCCCUGGCAAGGCGUACGUGUCUGCUAGGAGAAACCUCCCGCCACUCGACUUUACUGGAUUUUUGAAGCAAAAUUUCCCGGGAAUCGAGCAGCAAAUUGUGAAUGGAAACUACCACCAAGCCAGAACUUGUCUCCCAUCCGUUAUGGAUUCGCAGUACAGUGUCCCACCUCCAUCAUCACACUCCAGACAGUACCAGAAUCAAAAUUAUUAUCCCAAUCUGAGAGGCUGA